CCUUGAUUUGAUACGGGACAGGAACCUUGAGAUGCUGACAGAUUCUUUCUUGGAAGGAAAAUUUUCCGAUGAUGCCAGGACUGAGUUAGUACGCUUGGCUUCUCGAUGCUUGCAAUAUGAACCCCAAGAAAGGCCAAAUCCAAAGUCAUUAGUGGCUAUUUUGACUACUCUUCAGGAAAAUACCAAGGUUCCUCCUCAUGUCUUAAUGGGCAUCUCACCCAGUGCUUCCUUCUCACCUAAAUCCCCACUUGGUGAAGCAUGCUUAAGAAUGGACUUGACUGCCAUACAUGAGAUCUUGGAGAAUAAAGAUGACGAAGGUGUCACCAAUGAGGUAUUGUAUAUGUUUAAAAAAUGUUAAAGAUUAGAUUUUUCUCGUCAUGUAUUCUGAAGUCAACAUCUUAAUCUCACAUAAUUGUCUCAUUAGAAUGUUUAGGGCUUAUACAUAGUGCAAUAUAAUUGCUUUGUAAGCUUCAGCUUCAAUUUUCCGUUGCCUGAGCAUGAUAUAUCGGUCAAUAUCGACUGAUAUAUAAGUGAAUAUCGGUAUCGGAACUCUAAAAUCCUGAUACUAAUUGGCUGAUAUCUAAAGCCCUCCCACCUUUUUCUUUUUCUUUUGUUGCCAUGGAGGAUGUCAACCGCUUGAGAGCAUGUUAUGCUUUGUCAUACCAGAGACAAUUUUAUCGUUCUUUUUGACCCAGAUAAAAUUACAGCCUAUGCAUUGUGCUUUUGCUCACUGCCAUCUUUCAACAUUGUAGUUUAUGGGAAAUGUGACAUACCACAUUCGUACGUUUUAGAAAAUGUGACAUACCACAUUCGUGAUCAUGUUCCAUGCACCGAAACAAUCCAUGUCUCAGGUAAUUCAGAGAUAGCGGCAGUUUAUGGGAAAACUGUGAUAAUCUAAUGGUUACAUUCUUGAAAAUCUGAGUGAAUGCUGGAAUCCUAAUAAUGGUUUUAUUUUCCUACUUGCAGUUUAUUGAAGCAGGAAUAGUAGGGUCACCAACAGUUUUUGCUCGCCGCAGUUUGUCUUAUCUCAUGAGCGACUCGCCACAGGAAGCUUUAAAGGAUGCAAUGCAAGCCCAAAUCAUAUCUCCAUCCUGGCACGUACUGUCUUAUCUACAAGCCUCUGCACUUUUCACCCUUAAAAUGGAAAAUGAAGCACAUAUAGCCCUUAAGGAUGGUUCAGCUCUUGAAGCCAGAAGGAGCAAAAGUGUUUGACAGUAACGAAAUGAUGUACAGAUAUGUAAAUCUUCUGCUUUGCUCGCUUUGUCUCACUUCCUUUGUGAAGAUCAUUAUUUGGCACGCAUUGAAAGGUUUCUGCUCUGACCGGAGCUUGAUUCUAUUCAACAAUCAUAAAGAAAUUAUUGUCCUUCAUUUCUUGUUCACAGUUGUAGUUUGUGUACAGAAACUGUGACCGAUUUUCACGUCCUUGAGAUAGUUACAUUCAUUUGUUUUGGAAGUUAUAAUGAUUUAUUUGGUACUUCGUGUAUUUACAAUUUCGAUGUAAUGCUUUAUUUGAUUUCCCAGAAAUUGUCAAUAAAGUGUGAA